AUGUCUGUUCGUGAUGCGCCUGUCAAAGCGGCACAAUGGCUCGGCCGCGAACUGGGACUCGCGACAAUGAAGCAUGCUGGAAAAGACGUCUACAUCCUCAUUCUGGCACGGUACAUCCGUCUGUUUGCAUACGGGAGCGUGGCACUUAUCCUCGCACUCUUCUUCCAAGAGCAAGGAUUCUCAGAUGAACAGAUCGGACUCUUCAUGUCGUUGACGUUGCUCGGCGAUGUAGUCAUCAGCCUCCUCCUCACACUUGUCGCGGAUACGCUAGGACGGCGCCGAACGUUACUCCUUGGAGCUGUGUCCAUGGCAAUAUCCGGCGCUGUUUUCGCAACAACAAGCAACUAUGUGGCUUUGCUUCUAGCAGCCAUCGUCGGUGUCAUCAGUCCUAGUGGGAACGAGAUCGGGCCGUUCAGAGCUGUGGAGGAGUCGACGUUAGCGCACCUGGUAGCCGAGGACAAGAGGUCGGAUGUGUACACUUGGUAUGUCGUCUUGGCUGUACUGGGCACGUCAACGGGGUUGGCAGUUGGUGGUGUUGCGGUCGACAACCUGCAGGCUAUCGAGGGUUGGACGGAUCUGGAUGCGUAUCGCGCCAUCUUCUGGAUUUACACUGGGGUCGGGUGUGUCAAGGCGCUGAUGACUCUGUUCCUGAGCCAGAGAUGCGAGCACAGCGACUGGAACGAUGAACGGAACAAGUCUGCUGCAUCAGUUGAGACCGAGCCUUUGCUGAACAAUGACGAAACAGAGAAUCGAGAUACUGCAACUCGAGACGCAGCCCCCAAAAAGCCUAAGAAGUUUUGGCAUUCCCUAAGCAAAAUCUCCAAGUCGAGUCGCAUUGUUCUUAUCAAACUCUGCAGCUUGUUCUUCCUCGAUUCUUUGGGCUCGGGGAUGGUCCCCUUUAGCUUGAUCAACUACUACAUGGAACGUAAAUUUGAUCUACCAAAAGGGAAGCUAGGUGGCAUCAUGUCUGCAACAUGGUUUGUGUCGACACUUGGAAAUGUCUUCGCCUCGAGUCUAGCAAAACGUCUCGGCUUAAUCCAAGCAAUGGUCUUCACUCAUCUGCCUUCUUCUAUAUUCCUCGCGCUACUGCCUGUACCGUCGGGACUAGCUUUAACCAUCUGCCUGCUCGUUGGUCGCUCUGUGCUCAACUCUAUGGAUCAGGCCCCUCGAUCAGCCUUUCUCUCGAUUGUGGUCUUACCAGAAGAGCGAACUGCCGUUAUGGGCGUAGUCAAUAUACUCAAGACACUAUCCCAGAGCAGUGGACCAAGUCUUACUGGUGUACUUGCUGGGAACGAUCAUUUCUGGGUCGCUUUUGUUGCAGCUGGUAGCUUGAAAGCGACAUAUGAUUUAUUGCUUCUCGCAUUCUUUGGCGGACGAGUACAGCCGCGGAGUGAAGAAGCGGAAGCAAUUACUGGUGUAGAGGAGGAUGACACUAUUGAGGAGCCCGCGAAUGGACACAGGACUACUUGA